GCAUUGCCUUCGGCACUGCGCUGCUUCGCCGCGAGAAGUAUUAUGACGUCAUUAUUCACAGUUGAAUAGCAACUGUUAGAUAUCAUCCUUGAUUUACUUGACCUUGGCCAGCUUUGCGCAAGUAAUUGCCGCCCGGCACAUUGCGCUAGUGUGGAGUUGGUGUGGAGUGCGGUAGCGAUUUGCGGUAACUAUAAGAUAUGGCGCACCGACGCUCUGCGGCGGCGCGGGCGGCGGCGGCCGACUCAGAGCCGCUGCUGCCGCCCGAGGACACUGGGGAGCCGCCCGGAGCGCCCAUGACCGACUCUGUGGGAAGUGGUGCUGGCCAACAUGGCGGCGCCAGCAGCCUCAAGAACCAGGUGCUGGCCAGCCUCUGCGCCUGUUUCGGCGGCCUGGUGGCCGGUCUGACGCUGGCCUACUCGAGUCCGGCCGGGCCCGACCUGGAGAAGUCCAGCCUAGCGCUGGAUUCGAAACAGGUGUCGCUGAUCGGCUCGAUGAUGCCGCUGGGCGCCCUGUUCGGCGGACUGGCGUGCGGCCCGACCAUGGACCGGUUCGGCCGGCGCACCGCCAUGGUGCUCAUCAGCCUGCCGGCCAUGCUCGGCUGGCUGCUCAUCACAUACGCCAACGGCUUCGGCAUGAUCCUGACGGGCCGCAUCCUCACCGGCUUCGCCACCGGCUGCACCACGGUCGUCGCGCCCACCUACGUCGCCGAGGUGUGCGAGGCCCGCAUCCGCGGAGCCAUGGGUGCCGGCUUCCAGUUUCAGGUGACGCUGGGCAUCCUGCUUACCUAUAUCAUGGGCAAGUACUUGCACUGGAACUUCCUGGCCAUGGCGUCGUCGUUUUUCCCGGCGGCGUGGCUGCUGUUGGUCUGCUGGCUGCGCGAGUCACCCGUCUGGCUGCUGGACCAGGACAAGGAGGCUGAGGCGCUGGACACGCUCACCUGGCUGCGCGGACCGGACGCGGAUGUCACCGGCGAGCUGAACCAGAUGCUCCAGCAGCUCCGGGAGUCGCGCGAGAACCAGGCAUCGUUCCGCGACCUGGCCAAGAGGGAGAACCUGCGACCGUUUGUGCUGUCCAUGAUGCUGAUGCUGUUCCAGCAGCUCAGCGGAGUCAACGCCGUCAUUUUCUACACCGUGGACAUUUUCUCGGACUCCGGCUCGUCGAUCGAUUCCGACCUGGCCACCAUCAUCGUGGGCAUCGUGCAGAUGCUGUCGACCUUCGCCGGCGUGGUGCUGGUGGAUCGGCUGGGCAGGAAGGUGCUGCUCAUCAUCUCUGACGCCAUCAUGGGCGUGUGCCUGCUGGCGCUCGGCGUCUUCUUCUACAUCAAGUUCGACGGCAGCGGCAACGUGGAAAACAUCGGCUGGCUGCCGCUGGUCUCUCUCAUGUUGUUCAUCUUCGCUUUCUCGGUCGGAUUCGGACCGAUUCCCUGGCUCAUGAUGGGCGAGCUUUGUGCGCCAGAGGUGAAGGGCGUGGCCAGCGGCGUGGCCGUCGCCUUCAACUGGACGCUGGCCUUCAUCGUCACCCUCACGUUCCAGCCGCUCGUCGACGGCAUCACCGAGGCCGGCGUGUUCUGGCUCUUCGCAGCUGUCUGCUUCGCCGGCGUGGCCUAUGUCACAAUCUUCUGCUAUGAGACCAAGGGCAAAACGCUACAGGAGAUUCAGGAGCACUUCCGCAACUGAGCUCCCGCGCGAGUGAGGUGUAGCAUAAUACCUAUUGUCUGGUGAGCCAGUGAUUCUAAUGAAUACUUUGAAAUAUCUGAUGAUCCAAAUAGGUGUGAAUGAUAACUUAAGAUGAUAUCGUGGUCACAAACGAUGGUCUUAAGCUAUCGGUUUCUUGCCACUGGUGGCAAUGCCUAGCAGUGGUUUUAACUUAAAUAAAAUGCUUAAUUUGUGUUUGCUAGACGUGCUGAUGGCCACGUUUCAUUCCUGUGCUUACGCACUCAUCUUGGUCAGGUGAUAUUUCCCCUCGCCUGUGUGAAAUUGGACCUAUUUAUCAUAAUAAUGCGAGAAUAUUAGUGAUUGUGUAGUCUUUCGACCGCUUGCGUGCGUUUUAUCCCAACACCUUGUAUCAAAGAUGAGCUGAUAGCAUUGUAUCGCAGUAUUGCAGGUCUACAUGGGCGACUGUGUUGUGGGGUGCUUAGCGUAGCGUGGUACGACGGCCGAUGAAUCUGAAAUUUGUUCAAGGGGACCGCUAAAGUCAGCACAGUGUAUGGUUGUUCAAUGUUCAGUCUGCAGUGUGUUCUCUCUCGCUACGAUAUCUUAAUUGCGUUUCAUAAUUUGUAGACUUAUGAUCAGUGAUUUUAUAGGAGGAGCGGGUAUUAGAAGAAAUUGACCUUUUCUGUUUUGUCGUUCAUUUGCACUCGAUUGUGUGUAAUUGGUUAAAAAAGACAUGUAUUUUAAUGUCUGUAUAAAUCCCUAUGGAAUGUUUAGGACGAGGAAGCGUCGCAGUUGUUUGUGGUCCCGACUCCCGGUUCCGUCAACGGUUGUUGUGCCUUAUAGUCGUCCAAAUAAGUAGAGCGAGUGAAAUGAAGUUGAAAACUAAAGAUGAUCAAUUGAACACAAUACCGCCAAUUUAUUAAAGCCGAAAACCAAAGGCUUUCAUUUCCGGUUUCGGGUCCCACACAUUUAUAUUCCUCAUUGAGGCAUCUAGGAGAGGCGCCUCACAACGGUGCGACUUUGUGCCUUUACUUAGUGGGUCGCGAUGCGAACUGGGCACCAAUCAGGAAUUGUACCUCCGUAUGUAUGAGUAUGCAUGAUGUACCUAUGUGUGUUAUGUGAGGUGUGUUGAUUUCUGAAAUGAUUUAGCUAUGUAUUUUACCAAACCCAGUUGUUCUAGGUUCGCCGUCUUAUUCAUACAAUACCUCACUUGCCCAAUGUUUGCCAGCGGAUGUAUGAAGGUGUGUAUUGUAUGUUAUCCGGCGCACAUCGUGUCAUCCUGCGUUUUCACAGAGUGGUUUAUCGAGGUGUAUUUUGAAGUGUUCCAGCACGCAUUACAUGUGUUGCAUCACACUGCGUGAUAUAAGCAGGCGACCAGCGGGCGAAAUAUAUAUUGCAGAUAUCCAUAUAGGUAGUUGUUUGUGAGAAAUAUAUGGGGUAAAGGUU